CUACCGACAUCCCAUUGUUAUGCUAUACUGCUAGUGCUUGAACUGUUGCUUAUAUUCAACAAAUGCUUUGUUGUAUUAAUUACAAGUUGACAAGAUCCAUGGACAAAUGUACUGUGCAAACACAUGCACGCAAUACUCCUCUCUUUCACUCACCCCCAAUACGUCUACAACUUCACUUCUCUUCACUGUCACCGAGAACCCACAACCAGGCAGAUUUCAAACCCUUUCCCCUUCGCAUCCAAAAUGAACUCUUCCCCUCAUAUCUGCCAUAUUCUAAUUUCCAUCCUCAUGCCUCAACAGCACCAUGGCUCAGAGACGCUACUCCAACCCUGUCAGGUACUACAGCGUGCCUCCCACGGCAAUCUCACCAGAACCUAACACCCCAAUGACUACUGCCACGACACCCAGACACUCGCCCACCUUUCCCACAAUCACAUCGCCCAGACCGUCUCCCUCAAAGCAGCCCCAGCGGACAUUCAUCCUCAACCACCCGCCUCUAGGCGAAACGGAACGGCGCUGCCCACACAAUGACUUAACACCCAUCGAGGGCAUGUCAGAGAUGUUCCGUUGCGAUGAGUGUUGGCACAAGCCUGAGUUGGGUUGGCUAUGGACUUGUACGCAGGACGUUGUGGGGGAAGAUGGACUGGUUGAUCCGAAAAAGUGCGCUCUGCUAGAACAGAAGGCGUACAAGUCUGUUUUGAGUGGUGUGCAUGAAGAAGAUGAUGUGAAGAUUAUGAUUAAGCAGAGAUUGGCAUUUUUGAGCAGGGAAGAAUAUCAUUCGCCUCAGAAUGUGGAACAAGAAUAUGAUGCUGUGUACCAGGGCCAAGCCCAGGACCAGAGGCCUAGGGAUGAAGCGUCUAUGCCAGAGCGGCAGAAAUUUGCCCGACAAAAGAGCCAACGCGUGCGAUUUGCAGAGGAGAAUUCGUACAGGUCACCGUCUCCUCCGGUAUACCGCCCUGAGGAGGAGGAUAAGAGUGUGGAAGCGUAUCGAAACACCGUCCCAGAGCAGCAAAGUGUUGCGUCGGAUGAGGACACCCAUGCUGAAUACGUAGCGUGGAUGAACAUGAUCACGAAUAUGAGAAACGAGACGGGUUUUGGACAGCACAAAUCUGGAGCUAGCACUUCGCAAUCCUCUGCGAACACUGGCUUUGGUAGCAACGCUUGGGCGCGGUCAAUACAAGGCGUUCACCAACAGCAACAAGCCCCCAGCAACAACGCUGCGCAGACCAACGAAUCUCAAUCGCAAGUUAUCGAUCGCUCGUACAUCGCACGUCUUCGCCGGGAGAUGCACAGUUUGGAUUACCACGCAGCCAUCGCGGACAUGCACAAGACGUCUCGGGUUUCCCCGCAACAGCUUAGGGCCCGCCACCAACCCGAAGUCUCACGCUCCAAGUCUUUCCGUUCGCACUUCCAACGUUCCCAGCAGGGAUCGCAGAGACAUGACGAUGAAAACCAGAUCGCUGCGCCUGUACCUGUCCGUCCGGCAUCUCACGAUUACAGCAGGCAGUACCAAAGCUCUGACAACCACGCUGGACACCAUGAACAACUCAGCCCUCACUACCGUGGUGUCCAGAGUCCAUCUGAAUUGUUCCGGGGCAGGGCUCUAAGUCGCUCUCACAGCCAUCCUGCGCGAGAACAGCCGGGUCACAACAACCGCAGGGCGCCUUUCGUGUUGAAUAUCCACGAUCCUGAGGAGAACCAGAACUCCACCGUGCAGGUCGCCGCACGCGCCAUUGGGUAUAUUUCGAAAGAGCGACUGUCUCCUGGAUACCAUAGUCCUCCACCUGCAGCGCCUGAGAAGCCUUCUUACAGGACUACCAAGCCUCUUCCUCCUCCACCGCCGCCUCCCCAUCGGCCCAGGUUUCUGUUUCCUUGCGGUUAUAAGAUCUGCUCGACAUGUCGAGGCGUGAGGACCAAUGAAAUGCUUCCGGCGACCAGGUACAAUCCCGAGGAAGUGCCGGCAAUCGUUUAUGAAUCAACUCAGCAGUCUAGUAUUUCGGAACAGCCGAUAUUCUUCCGCCCUGACUUUGAAGACCAGAGCAGUGGCCUGGUAGCAAAAGACGGCAUUCUCAUGAAAGAUGCGCAAUAUUUCCUAGCACGAGGGAACGAUCCCGAGCUUCGGGGUCUGAUCGCGAGUCAUAUUGUCAAUCUGGGACUUAGUCUUGCGCCCGCGGAUGAGAACCUGGCUUCUCACAUGGAACGCCUGGAAGUCGAGUCAUUGAGCGAAGGAAGCGAUAACUCGACGGAUGAGAGUGUGGAUGCGGUUGGAUAGAAAGUCAUCUAAUCAUGGGGGUAGUGUGUCGGCGGGUGUCUAUGCAUGUGAAGACAACUUUCGUGAUUCACUGGCUUUAGUUUUGGAGACGAUGAACGAGAUAUGAACAUCUAUGAUGAUAUUGACGAUAUACGAGUAUUGGAUCUGAUUCUAGUCCGUUUUAUGUAUCAUUAGCUUCAGAUAGAAACGAAAUAUGGUCAAUUUCAACAACCGUAUCCCAUUAGCCGUGGGAUCAAGGACCUAUCACUGCGCCAAGAAAACAAUUCUACUGCACCAUGGUCCGUAAAAAAUCGUUGACCACAUCAUAUGGGGGCCAUGCCAUUUUUUUACUCUUAUAUACCCCAUUCUGUCGCAACAAAACUACGACCAUGAAGAUGA